UGUUCUUCUUUUUGCAGAAAUAGAAAUGAGCUGUGCAAUCAUAUGUCCUUUGCUAUUUUGGAGGAAGGUUCUUUUUCUCUUGUCAUAUGAGUCAGUGCAGACAAAUGGAUAUUUUUAGGGACAGAAAAUAUUUUAAAAAGGCAUAAUCUAUAAAAAGAGCAUUUGUUAGCAGCUGUUUGCAGGUUCAGGACCUUAGAUUGCAAAUUCUUCAGGAUGGGGACUGCCUCUUUGUCACACAGCACAAUGGAUCUCUGGUGCAAACCGGGACAUCUGAGUGCGAUUGCACUGUAACUAUUAAAGACUAUGAAUGGAAAAGGAUUUAUAUAUGUGCGAUCCAGGUACUGAAAAAUACCAAUAGGUUGUUUGCACACACUCAAGGUGUUAAGGCUGGGCCACUACUAUUAAAGAUGCUAAACAGUGGACAUACAGUACUACAAAGAUAUUUGCAGAAGCUGAUCCCUAUGGCAGCUAGGGGACUGUUGCACACGAAAAACUCACGUCUUUACAAUAUGAAUUGUUUCUGGCUGAUUAGAUUUUCAAGAGAGAUUGUGCUCAGACCUGUGUCUUCUAGGCACUUCUAUCUGAAGACAGAGAGUGCUAAUGCAGUCUCAUGCCAGGAGAAUGGCAAUCUAGUAAGCAAGCUGGCAUGUAUGGGAGUGGAUGUCAAAAUGGUGAGAAGGCGACAACCUGGAAUUCUGAAGAAGCUGAUCACAAAUGAAGAGGGCCUCAAAGGGUUUCUGCAAAGCAAAGGGGCUACUAAUGAAGUCAUUGCCAGCAUCAUCUCACGUUAUCCACGGGCCAUCACGCGUUCCUAUGAGUCUCUCGAAAAACGUUGGGAACUUUGGAGAAGUAUUUUGAUGACUGAUUUGGAAAUUGUAAAUAUUCUGGGACGUUCUCCUGAGUCCUUCUUUCGUUCCAGUAAUAACAUCAAUAUGGAGAAAAAUAUUACACUUUUCUGUUCUCUUGGGCUAACCUCUAAACACCUUUGCAAUAUGUUGACCAGAGCACCUCGGGUGUUUUCUAACGGAGUGGAGCUGAAUAAGCAGCUGACUGACCUCCUGCAUGAGAUCUGUUUAUCUUUAGGUGGUGAAAACCCAAAUGAUUUUGUGAAGCACAUCAUUUCUAAAAAUGUCUUCAUCCUCCUGCGGAGCAGCAAGCAAGUGAAUGCAAAUGUUGAGUUCCUGCAAUCAUCUUUCCAUCUGAGCAAUGAGGAAUUACUAGCUCUGCUACAUGGCGGUGGAGCUGACAUUUUGGACUUAUCUAAUGAAUAUAUGAAAAAAAACUUUACAAAUGCUAAAGGGAAGCUGUUAUCUCUUGGGUGCACUGAAAGAGAGGUGGAUAGAUUUUUCAUUAGCUAUCCAAGUGUGCUCUUUCUUUCAUCCAAGAACCUCAGUGAUAAAAUAGAUUGCCUCUUGCAAGCAAAGGUUCACAUUAAACAAAUAGUUGAAAUGUCUCGCGUUCUGGAUAUAAGUAUCAGUACUAUAAGAAGCAAAGUCAAGGAACUGGAAAAAACUAGUUAUGACUUCAGAACCAAUGGAAUUGGCAUUCUUUCUUUAAGUAAAAAGAGAUUUGAAGCUAAAUUGGAAAAAUUACAUAGUGCACAGCGAUUAAUCAAGAGGACAGAAUCCAUUCUGUGAGAAUACAGGGUCAGAUUUUGAAAUUAAAAAACUUGAAAAAGGG